ACUUACCGACUGCUGGGUAACGGAGUAACAAAAUCAGGAUUGUAUCAAGCAGGGUAGAGACGCUGACUACGGAUUGAGAUAAUGGGAAUUGCUGAGACUGCAAUUUCAGGGAAUAUGGAAGCAAUCAAUUAAAAUCAUUUUGCUGCUAUGAAUCCAUCAUAGAUGAACAUUGUCUUCAAAGGGCAGGGGAAGGGAAUCGGGGGGGCAGGGUAUAUCAACAUGACAGGCGUUAGUGGCAAGAGCGUUGGUGUUAAAGUAGGCAAGCAACCCAAAUCAAAAGCUGCUAAUACUACAGGUGUAAAUCCGGGAACAGCUUCGAGCAAUAAUGCCAGCAAAUCUUCCGGAGAAGAAGACGAGAAAGAUGGUGGUGUGCUUUUCUAUGUGAAUAAAAGUGGCUUCCCAAUUGAUGAGCGAACUUGGCAAAGAAUGUGGAUGCAUGUAGCAAAAAUACACCCAGGAGGGAAGGAGAUGGAGGAGAGUAUACGGAAAGCUACAUUUAUACCCCGUCCUCCAAUUCCAUCAUUGCCAAAAUACAAGCCAUCCACAUCAAUUCCAGAAUGGCUGCGCACAAUACAAGGCUACAUGAAGCUUCUGCAAUACAAUCACACUGGAACCCAGUUCUUUGAGAUUAAGAAAAUCAGACCUUUGAGUUGGUUAAUGGACACAGCCAGAGAAAUGACUCGUGAAUCAUUGCCAAUCAAAUGCCUUGAAGCUGUGAUUCUUGGAAUAUAUCUUACAAAUGGACUAGCAGCCGUAGAACGCUUUCCAAUCAGCUUUAAAACCCAGUUCUCAGGGAACUGCUUUCAUCAUGUGGUGCUCGGUGUCUAUUAUAAUGGUCGCUAUGGUACGCUUGGCAUGAGCAGAAGAGAGGACUUGAUGGACAAGCCCUUGACCUUUCGAACUCUCAGUGACCUGUUCUUUGAAUUUGAUGACUCUUACAGAAAGUAUCUGCACACUGUGAAAAAGGUGAAGAUUGGCUUGUAUGUGUCACAUGACCCACACAGUUUCCAGCAGAUCGAAUGGAAGCAUUUGGUUCUAAACACGGGAAAGAUGAGCAGAGAAGAGACGGGGAAAGAAUUGGAAAAGCAUGCCCGUGAGAUGAGAAUGAAGAUUAUAAAAACCUCAGGUUCCCAGUCUCCAGUUAAAGAACGACAAAGGGGAAAAUCCUUAUCUCCACGCCGUCGGCAGAUGAGCCCUCCAAGACGACUUAACCGAAGAGAUAAAUCACCUGCAAUAACAGAACGGAAGCCAGCAGAACUCAGCACACUGAAUGAUGUUGGAUAUCAAAUCCGCAUCUAAAGAAGCCAUGGAGUAAA